AUGGCAGCAAACAACCACACAGCUGUCACCGAGUUUAUCCUGCAGGGUUUCUCUGAAGACCCUCAGCUCCAGGCCUUCUUUUGGGCCUUUUUCUUCCUUCUUUACCUAAUGGCUCUUGCAGGAAACAUUCUCAUUGUCACAGCCAUCAGCUUGAACCCAGGCCUUCAUACCCCAAUGUACUUUUUUCUCACCAACUUGGCCCUUUUAGACAUUGUCUGCACAUCUACUGUUCUCCCCAAACUGUUGGAGGGUCUGGCGGUCAAAGGUAGCACCAUCUCCUACCAGGGCUGUAUGACUCAGCUCUUCUUCCUGACAUGGUGUCUGGGGGCUGAACUGCUGCUGCUCACAGUCAUGGCCUAUGACCGCUAUGUGGCCAUUUGUCGGCCAUUGCACUACAGCACGUGGAUGAGUCGCCCUUUGUGCAUCCUGCUAGCAGGCAGCGUGUGGGUGGUCAGUGCUGUAAGUACAUCUGUGCACACGGGGCUGAUGGCACAGCUUAGUUUCUGUGGCCCGCGUCAUGUCAGUCACUUUCUAUGUGAAGUCCCCACUCUGCUGCUGUUGUCCUGUAGCCCAACAACUCUGAACAACAUCAUGAUAGUCAUUGCAGACAUUUAUUUUGGAGUGGUCAACUUCCUCCUGACCAUGGCAUCCUAUGGCUGCAUCAUCACCAGCAUCCUGCGCAUUCGCUCAGCAGAGGGCAAGCGACGGGCCUUCUCCACCUGCUCUUCCCACCUGCUGGUGGUCUGCAUGUACUACUCCACGGUCAUCUAUACCUACAUCCUCCCAGGCUCGGGCUCCUCCUUGGAAAAUGGCAAAGUGGUGGCAGUGCUAUACACGGCAAUCAGCCCCACCCUGAACCCCCUCAUCUACUCUCUGCGGAACAAAGACGUCAAAGUAGCCCUCAGAAAAGUGUUUCUGUGUGUUUGUUGCUGUCUCCAAACAUCCUCAAAUCAUAUUGAUUUAAUAUCAACACCUGUCAGGCCCUAUAGAUUUCCUCCAGGGAGAUCAGUUGGCUUGGUUUACAGCGCGCUCCCCGUGCACGUUACCUCCUUGGACAGGGAGGAUGAUGUGUAUCAAAAGCACGCAGGACACACGAUACUCCAGGUUCCAAUAGGUGGAGAAGAGCGAAUGGCAGAAUUUCCCCCUCUGGUUGCUGAAGACAUUAAGCUAAAAGAAGGCCUUGGGGACUAUGAAGCCGUGGCCGGCAUCAAAUUUUCCUCAGCAAGUUGGGUUGCGGUGACACCUCGUUUCAAGGACAGACUGCGGGGCGAGGCCACACACCUCAGGGAACGGUGCUGA